AUGAUCAUGGACGCCAUUCAUCACGCCGUCAAACUGUGCCAGAUUGCCUUGUCUGCCAAAAAGGUCCAAGGAAUCAAUUAUGGGAAGCCAAGGCCCACACAAGUCACCUUGUUCUGGCAUCUUGUAGUCCUUUCUCGGUACAACAAGUAUACACCCCUCUUCACUACGUUUGCAGGAGUAUGGUCUGCAUUAUUAGCUGGCGCAACUGAGUUAGCCAACCCAGCCUCCACUAUCCAGCCCUCGUUUGUCUUCAGACAGACGGCACUAUGUUUCCUGUCUGCCUACCUCUUUUGUGGAGCGGGGAUGGUAUGGAACGAUUAUGUCGAUCGUGAAAUUGACGCGAAAGUUGCUCGGACCAAAGAUCGACCUCUCGCAGCUGAGAAGAUCACUGUAGUAGACGCCAUGCUUUGGAUGAUCUUACAGUUGCUCAUGUCUCUGGCAGUUGUUCACAAGAUUCUUGACGGGAAGGAUGUCUGGAGGCACAUGUUGCCUGUUAUUGCGGCUUCUAUCGUUUAUCCGUAUGGUAAACGUCCAAAUGCCCGGCGACUACGCAUUUACCCGCAGUAUAUCCUCGGCUUCACCAUUGCUUGGCCCGCAAUUUUAGGACGGGCAUCAAUCUAUGGCCGGCAGGAGGCAUUCGAUGAGACCGUCAGCCAGUGUAUCCCGCUCUGCACCAUGGUCUUCUUCUGGAUCAUUUACUUGAAUACGGCCUACAGCUAUCAGGAUAUUAUUGAUGAUCGGAAGAUGAGGGUUAACUCAUUCUACACAGUUGCUGGGCGACAUUUUCACAGGUUCCUCGUGGCACUCGUCAGCCCGAUCCUAUUUUGUCUACCAAUGUACCUGAUCAGAUUUCAUUCGUUGUGGCUCUGGCUCAGUUGGAUGGGUGUUUGGACUGCGACUUUUGUUAAGCAGCUAUCUCAGUUCGACCCGAAGUGGCCAGCGAGCGGUGGAGGUAUACACAAGAGCAACUUCAUUCUUGGAAUCUGGACGAUUGUAGCCUGCACUGUGGAGGUGCUGCUGAAUGAUGUCCAGUCAGGUCUACUUUGA